AUGAAUCGCAUGACAUAUGAGAUUGAUAGAAGAUGUGUAGACAAACUCCACAUGGAUUUACAUACAUUCUCCAAGUUAUGCUCUAUGCUAAGAGCCACUGGUAGACUCCAUGAUACAAGGAAUGUUUCUGUAGAUGAAAUGGUAGCUGUCUUUUUGAAUGUAUUGGCGCAUCACAAGAAGAACAGAGUCAUACAAAAUGAUUUUUACCGUUCUGGAGAAACCAUUAGUAGAUAUUUUAAUGCAGUUUUAGGGGCAGUUUUAUGUCUACAAAAUGAGUUGUUAAAAACACCAGAACCGGUGCAUGAGAACUCUACAGAUGAGAGGUGGAAAUGGUUUAAGAAUUGUCUUGGAGCACUAGAUGUGACAUAUAUUAGAUUACAUAUGCCAGAAGCUGACAAGCCUAUGUACCGAACUAGGAAGAAUGAGAUUGCUACAAAUGUCUUGGGAGUAUGCUCCCAAGAUAUGCAAUUCAUAUAUGUAUUACUUGGUUGGGAGGGUUCUGCUGCAGAUUCCCGAAUACUUCGUGAUGCAAUUAGUAGAAGACAUGAGUUAAGGGUCUCUCGUGAAAAUUAUUACCUUGUUGAUGCUGGAUAUCCAAAUGGAGAAGGAUUUCUUGCCCCGUACAGAGGGCAGCAAUAUCAUUUAAAUGAUUGGAGAGAUGGAUAUCAACCUACCACUCCUAAAGAAUUUUUUAACAUGAAGCAUUCUUUGGCUAGGAAUGUAAUAGAGAGGUGUUUUGGAUUAUUUAAGUCAUGUUAG